UUUUGUGUCUAACUGUAUUGUUCCCUUCUUAAAUAAUUUAGAUAAAUGAACAGAAAUGUGUGAACGGUACUACUGAACGAUCAUGAAGGAAGAAAUAAAAUUGACAUUGUAAAAAUUUGUUGCGCUUUCAACUUCGUCCAUCUUUCUCUCAAUACCUGUCGUACGUCCGAUCAAUUUUUAAAAAUCUCCAUUUUCUACAAUUACAUUCACUUUUUACACCAUGAUUACCUUAUAAUUAAAGAAUUAAAUGGUAAGUUGUUCGAAUGUCAAAGUCAAAAACCGCAGGAAGAUACCGCACACAAUCAAAUGGCAAGAAUCGUUUUUGACAGCUUCAAAAUGGCGACUCUACCAUCAGCUUUUAUAUAAAAUAUAUAUAUAUCCAUGUUACAUGAAAAUUCCAUAAAAUAUUAUUACUUAUAAACAAUUAUAAAAAUAUCACGUGUGUAAACACGUGUACAUCGAGCGUAUUAAAAAUUCAGACGAACUGAAAUUAAUUUAUCUGGAUGAUAUGUUGACUGCAGCACUCCAUUGUAAAAUGGCGUCGAACAUGUGUUUCCAGUGUUCGAUAGAAUCUUGACGUCUGUUCUGUCAAGUAAUACACCGUUUUGUAAAUUCAACGAGUAAAUUUAUUUUGACAUUUUCGUUGAACACGUUCAUUAGUAUGGCGGUUUGUGGAGAAUACAUUCGUAGCCAAUUUCCUACGAUAGAUGAUGAUUUGUAUCAAUACGUGGAAGGUAUUUUGGAUAGUUCGAAAGAUGAUUUCGAAGAUGGCGACGAGGUUUACGAAGCGAUAGGAGAGGUACUGCACGAGGUCGAGGAAAAACCAGAGAAUGAGGUUAGGCAAAUAUGCGUGAAAUUAUUGGAAAUGCUGAAAGGCAAUUCGCACGACGAAAACGAGGAAAGGAAAAAGAAUGGUGUGAAUAAAGUAUUAAACGCGCCUAUUCAUUUAGGAUCAAUGGCUGCCACUUUAGAAGCUCAAGUAGAACAGAUAAAAAGUAUAUGGGUUACUACUAGAGACGAUGCCAUGAAAGUAGACGCUAAGAAAUUGGAGAAGGCGGAGGCAAAGUUACAGCAGAAACAAGAGAAACGAAAUAACAAUGAAUCAACUGGACGCGUUAAUACAGUUAGCUGUGGCAUAGAAUCAGCUAGCGCGAGCCAGAUGACCAGCAAGAAGGAUAGCAGAAUGGAAAACAAGGGCGGUGUAAAUAAGACUCAGGAUAUUAGAAUAGAAAACUUUGAUGUAGCGUACGGUGAUCGAAUUUUGUUACAAGGAGCUGAUUUAACGCUCGCCUUUGGUAGGCGGUAUGGUCUUAUCGGGAGAAACGGACUUGGUAAAACUACUUUGUUAAGAAUGAUAUCUAGCAAACAAUUGAGAAUACCGUCUCACGUAAGAGUAUUGCACGUGGAGCAAGAAGUCGCCGGCGACGAGACCUCUGCCCUUGAAUCUGUAUUAGAAUGCGACCAAGAGAGAAGUAUGUUGCUCAGCAAAGAAGCAGAACUGCAGGCGGCCAUAGAAAAGGACGUGAAGGCGAGGGAUACGUUGGGUGAAGAAUUAGCUAGAGUAUACGAAGCGAUGCAGCUAGCCGAAGUAGAUAAAGCGCCCGCUAGAGCCAGUACGAUAUUAACAGGUCUCGGAUUCACCGUUGAAAGACAAUCAUGGCCGACGAAAGCCUUCUCAGGCGGUUGGAGAAUGAGACUCGCCCUCGCGCGUGCCCUGUUCUCCAGGCCCGACCUUCUGUUACUCGACGAACCUACGAACAUGCUUGACAUUAAAGCGAUACUUUGGUUAGAAAAGUAUUUACAAUCGUGGCCUACUACGUUGCUCGUAGUCUCUCACGAUAGAAACUUUUUAGACACGGUACCCACGGAUAUAUUAUAUUUGAAAGGGCAAAAGAUAGAGGCGUACCGCGGCAAUUACGAACAGUUCUCGAAAACCAAAGGGGAACGCGAGAGAAAUCAACAGAGAGAAUACGAAGCGCAGCAAGCGAAGAGAGCGCACGUACAGGAAUUCAUCGACCGAUUCCGAUACAACGCGAAUCGCGCUUCUAGUGUACAGAGUAAAAUAAAGAUGUUAAACAAACUGGAAGAAUUGAAACCAAUGGAGAAAGAAGGAGAAGUAACGCUUCGCUUCCCGGAUGUCGAGCCAUUAAGUCCUCCGAUAUUGCAACUCAACGAAGUGUCCUUCAGCUACACCGGAGGCAGCGACGAAUCGUACAUACUCAGGGGCGUGAAUUUAACGGCCGGCUUGCAAUCUCGCAUUUGCAUCGUAGGGGAGAACGGAGCGGGUAAAACUACGCUUUUAAAAAUAAUAACCGGCGCGUUGAGCCCGACCCGGGGCACCGUGCACGUUCAUCGAAAUUUGAAGUUCGGAUACUUCAGCCAACAUCACGUGGAUCAAUUGGACAUGCAGUCGUGUCCUGUUGAAUUGUUGCAGAAACAUUUUCCAGGAAAACCGGUUGAAGAAUAUAGAAGAAUGCUUGGAAGUUUUGGAGUAAGCGGUAAAUUAGCUUUACAGUCUAUCAGCUCUUUAUCAGGUGGACAGAAAUCGAGGGUUGCGUUCGCGUUGAUGUCCGCCGCUACGCCAAACUUUUUAGUACUCGACGAGCCUACGAAUCAUCUUGAUAUCGAGUCGAUCGAGGCUCUAGGAAAAGCAUUAAAUACCUGCCAAGCGGGCGUGAUAUUAGUUUCCCACGAUGAAAGAUUAAUUCGCAUGGUGUGCACUGAACUCUGGGUAUGCACACAGGGUUCCGUACGGUGUAUCGAAGGAGGUUUCGACGAGUACCGUAGGAUCAUUGAAAAGGAACUCGAAGUUUAAAGAUUUGUUUUAAUUUAAAUUUCAUUCUCGCUUUGCAUUGUCCUGUACGAAGUUACCGAUGUGAAAAUUUCAAUUGAAUAACGAUGGAAAUAAAUGCAAGAGAAAAAUUCACUUGAUUGUAACGUAUUCUUUACUGUAUCAAGGGCAAUGCAUGUUUGAUAUACAUAUUUAUUAACUGCCACAGAAAUUGUAUUCGAUAUUUUAAAUACGAUCAUCUGGAAAUUACAAAUUAUUCGUAAUUAACAAGAAAAUAGACUGAAUCUUCAAUCUAUUAUAAGAAAGUUUCACAUCGUUCAACUGUCAGUUAUAACUAAAACUCUGAUAUUUAAUAUUGUACAUUAGUUAAUAAUAAAAAGUCAUUGUUAUAAAUAAAA